GCAUUGGCGGCUAACCGCUACAUUUGACCCUGCAGUGUGUUCCAUGAUGCUCAACUAGACAUCCGGACAGUGUGUGUGGAAGAUGGCGACACUUAUACUCCCCGGUGAAUGGAUCAAAAACUGGGAAAAAUCAGGAAAACACGAAUUUGUGCAACUCUGCAAAGAACUAACAGAGAAAACUGAUCAUGGGAAUGAAACAAAAGACAUACAGGCCGCUCUUUAUGAGGUCUGCUCGCAGGUUGUCCAGGGUAACCUGAAAAUUGAUCUCGUUUCCGCUGUCCUCGGGGAAAUGAUGGAACUCAGAGAUGAUUUGCCAUCAAUUUUAGCAGAUGUGUUCUGUAUAUUAGAUUUAGAAACUGGUGCACUAGAAGAAAAGAACAAGCGGGACUAUUACACUCAUUUAGUGGGAGCCUGUUUGUCUUUUGUACCGGAGGCCAUCCUGAAAGAACGACUCGACCCAGAGACCUUGGAAUCUCUUGGAUUGAUAAAACAAGCUCAUCAGUUUAAUCAAAAGAUUGUCAAAAUCAAGACUAAGCUAUUUUACAAACAGCAGAAGUUUAACUUGCUAAGGGAGGAGAAUGAGGGCUAUGCCAAACUGAUCACAGAACUCGGCCAAGACCUAUCUGGAAACAUCACCAGCACCCUCGUCCUGGAGAGCAUAAAGUCCCUCAUAGGCUGCUUCAAUUUGGACCCUAAUCGGGUUUUGGACAUCAUCUUGGAGGUGUAUGAGAGCCGGUCUGAACAAGAUGAGUUCUUUCUGUCCCUCAUCAAGUCCUACAUGUGUGAGCCAAUCACCCUCUGCCAUAUCCUGGGCUUUAAGUUCAAGUUCUACCAGGAACCUAAUGAGGAAACUCCAAAAUCACUUUACCACAUUGCUGCUGCUCUCCUGAACCACAAGCUGAUAGAGCUGGAGGAUCUCUAUGUUCACCUUAUGCCAGUAGAUGGCACCAUUGUGGAAGAACACAAACGGGAGAUUUCAGAGGCCAAGCAGAUCGCUCGCAAGCUGGUGACAGUCGUGCUUCCCUCGGAGAAAAGUGAAGACAAGGAGAAGGAGAAAGAAAAGGAAGAAGAAAAGAACGAGAAGCCACCUGACAACCAGAAGCUCGGUCUUUUGGAGGCUCUACUCAGGAUCGGAGACUGGCACCACGCCCAGAGUAUCAUGGACCAGAUGCCGUCUUUUUACGCUACUUCUCACAAGACCAUUGCGCUGGCGCUUUGCCAACUUGUACACCUGACCGUGGAGCCUCUUUACAGAAGAGCUGGCGUUCCGAAAGGAGCCAAGGGCUGCGCGUUGCAACCGCUGAAGAACAAGCGGGCUCCUCAGCCCACCGAGAGCUUCGAGGAUCUACGGAAAGACACGUUCAGCAUGCUCUGCUACCUGGGCCCUCACCUCUCCCACGACCCCAUCCUCUUUGCUAAGAUAGUACGAUUGGGCAAGUCCUUCAUGAAAGAGUAUCAAACUGACGGCAGACCUGAAGUGAAAGAUAAGAUGGAGAUAUUGUUGAGCUGCUUCCUGAGCAUCGCGGAUCAGGUGUUGCUGCCGUCUCUCUCCCUAAUGGAGUGCAACGCCUGCAUGUCCGAGGAGCUAUGGGGCCUGUUUAAGCUCUUUCCCUACCAGCACAGGUACCGGCUUUAUGGGCAGUGGAAGAAUGAGACCUACUCCGGCCAUCCGCUGCUGGUCAAAGUAAAAGCCCAGACCGUGGAAAGGGCCAGAUACAUUAUGAAGCGCUUGACCAAAGAGAACAUAAAACAGUCUGGACGACAGAUUGGCAAACUGAGCCACAGCAACCCCACCAUCCUCUUCGACUACAUGUUGUCUCAGAUCCAGUGGUACGACAACCUCAUUGUUCCGGUGGUGGACUCAUUGAAAUACCUCACGUCUCUCAACUACGACGUCCUGGCCUAUUGCAUCAUCGAAGCGCUGGCCAAUCCCGAGAAGGAGAAGAUGAAACAUGACGACACUACCCUCUCCUUGUGGCUCCAGAGUUUGGCAAGUCUGUGUGGAGCCGUGUUCAGAAAAUACCCGAUUGAAUUGGCCGGCCUUCUGCAGUAUGUUACCAACCAGCUGAAGGCAGGAAAAAGUUUCGACUUGCUGAUUCUGAAGGAGGUGGUGCAGAAAAUGGCUGGCAUUGAGAUCACAGACGAAAUGACUUCAGAACAGUUGGAGGCCAUGACAGGAGGAGAGCAGCUGAAAGCUGAGGGCGGCUACUUCGGCCAGAUCAGGAACACAAAGAAAUCUUCUCAGCGCCUGAAGGAUGCUCUGCUUGACCACGAACUAGCGCUGCCGCUGUGUUUACUGAUGGCCCAGCAACGAAAUGGAGUCGUUUUCCUGGAGGGCGGAGAGAAGCAUCUUAAACUCGUGGGGCACCUUUAUGACCAGUGUCACGACACACUGGUGCAGUUUGGUGGCUUUUUAGCCUCCAAUCUCAGCACCGAGGAUUACAUAAAGCGAGUUCCCUCCAUCGACGUCCUUUGUAACCAGUUCCACACCCCGCAUGAUGCUGCUUUCUUCUUGUCGCGCCCCAUGUAUGCGCAUCAGAUCUUGUCAAAAUACGAGGAGCUGAAGAAGGCUGAAAAAGGCAACCGGCAGCAGCAGAAGGUCACCAAGUACGUGGCGGCGUGCGAGCAGGUGAUGACGCCGGUGCACGAGGCUGUGAUGUCGCUCCAUCCGGCCAGAGUCUGGGACGACCUGCGGCCUCAGUUCUACGCCACCUUCUGGUCGCUCACCAUGUAUGACUUGGCCGUGCCGCAUGCUGCGUAUGAGCGGGAGGUAAACAAGCUGAAGGUCCAGAUCAAGGCCAUCGAGGAGAACUCUGAGAUACCUUUGAAUAAGAAGAAGAAGGAGAAGGAACGUUGCACAGCCCUGCAAGAAAAGUUACAGGAGGAAGAAAAGAAACAAAUGGAGCAUGUCCAAAGAGUUCUGCACCGUCUCAAGCUGGAAAAAGACAGCUGGUUGUUAACCAAAUCCACAAAGAACGAGACCAUAACGAAGUUCCUGCAGCUGUGUCUGUUCCCUCGCUGCAUCUUCUCCUCCAUCGACGCCGUGUACUGCGCCCGCUUCGUCGAGCUCGUCCACCAGCAGAAAACCCCGAACUUCUGCACUCUCCUCUGCUACGACAGGGUCUUCUCUGCCAUCAUUUACACGGUGGCCAGCUGCACAGAGAACGAGUCUCACCGCUACGGCCGCUUCCUCUGCUGCAUGUUGGAAACGGUGACCCGGUGGCAUAGCAACCGCGCCGUCUACGAGAAGGAGUGUGUGAAUUACCCAGGCUUCCUGACAAUCUUCCGAGCCGCAGGGUUCGAUGGAGGAAACAAAGCGGAUCAGCUGGAUUAUGAGAACUUUCGGCAUGUGGUCCACAAAUGGCACUACAUGCUGACUAAAGCUUCAGUCCACUGCCUGGAAACAGGAGAUUACACCCACAUCCGGAACAUUCUGAUCGUUCUCACCAAGAUCCUCCCCUGCUACCCAAAGGUCCUGAACCUGGGCCAAGCGCUGGAGUGCCGGGUCCACAAGAUCUGCCUUGAAGAGAAGGAUAAGAGGCCAGACCUCUAUGCCUUAGCAAUGGGUUAUUCAGGUCGGUUGAAAAGCCAGAAGGUGCACAUGGUCCCUGAGAAUGAGUUCCACCACAAGGACCAACCAGCUCGCAGCGCCACGCCGGCGAGUCAGCAGAACGGCCCUGGAAGCACCGGCAAGCCCGCCGCCAACACCAGCAAGACCGAGGAGGGGGGGUUUGAAGACGGGGACCGGGUCAAGGAUAAAUCUCAGGGGACCACAAAACCAGUCAACAAAGCCAACAGCACAACAGCCAAAGUGACCACCAGCAAUGGAAACGGUGCUCUCAACAGUACCAAAGCUGUGAAAGACGACAAAGAGAAGAGCGGGAAAGAAAAAAAAGAAAAGAAAGAAAAGACGCCAGGUAGCACUCCAGAGACAAAGGCGGAGAACCGCAGGGAGAAGCAGAGAGACGAAAGAGCGGGAAAGGAGGAGCGGUUGCUGCGCGAGGGUAAGGAGAAGACCCCGAAAGCAGACCGGGAGAAAGUCAAGCUGGACGAAAAGAGCGGCAAAGACGACAAGGCCAAAGCCGGAAACGGGGAGCCAGUGGAACCAGCCAGAGACGCCGUCAAGGAAUCCAAGAACAAGGAGAAAGGAGACAGGAAUGCUGCGACCGCAACCCUCAAGUCACCAAACCCGAGAUCCGAUUCGGCCGAGUCUGAGAGGGAUCACAAAAGACGAAAGCUGGACAGUCACUCGUCCCCAUCCCACUCCUCAUCUGUUAAGCCUCAGUUCCUGAAGGUCAGAGAUCAAGGGAGGAGUUUGCUGUUGGAUCGGCCUCUCCCCCCCUCCUCUUCCUCUUCUACCGACUUUCUACUGCUGUCUGACAACCUCCUCCCACCUCCCACCCCCUCCCAGCUCAUCUGUCAUCUCCAUUCAUCCCUACAGGACAGUAGCAACGAACUCAAGGAUCCUGCAACCAAGCAGCACAUCAACUUUAAUUCAGUUGCCCGGUCCAAGAGCAGAGAGAGGGAAGUGGAGAAGAAAGACACAGAGAGCGUACAAGGCCGAUCCAAAGAGAAGAAGGAGGAAAAGGAACGGAAAGAGAGAAAACGAGAUCACGGCGUCAACGACCGCGAGGCCAGCCAAGAAUCCAAGCGGAGGAAGGACGAGAACGGCACCAAUUCCUCCAAAAACAGCCAGAGCGCCAGUCCGUCCUGCGACUCUCCUCUGACGCCGGAGAAGGAGAAGACCAAGAGAUCCAAAUCCUCGAGCAAGGAGAAGGCCGAGUCCGUGAAAGCCGAACGAACGUCUUCCGGAGGCAAGAAGGAGUCCAGACAUGAAAAGUCUGAGAAGAAGGAGAAGAGGGACAGCGCUGGAGGGAAGGAGGAGAAAAAGCAUCACAAGUCGUCUGACAAGCACAGAUAAUGUGCACUAAUCAGUGAAGCAGAAACGGAUAAGCUGUACUUUUACCUGCAAGACAUCCACAACUCCACCUGUACCACUUAUUGACUUGCAUUCUUAUUUCCGUUUGUAUUUUCCGUUACUUUUUUUUUCUUCUUCUUCUUCUUCCCCCAUGCCUGUUGUUAGCUGUGGUUAAUUCACACGUCACCCAAUUAUUCUUCCUGUUUCAGACGAUAAACCAGCUGAAUAAAAUUUGUCUUCUUCUUUUUUUUUUUUUUUCCCCCCCAUAUAUAUAUAGAUAUACAUAAAAUAGUUUGGGCACAAGGUGCUGCUGUAAUCACAGUGUUACUUCUACCAGAAAUGUGGUUACUGUAUGAAAUGAUCUUUUGGUAGCAAAUGGUCAUGGAUUCAAUAAUCUCAUGUUUGAAAACUGUUUUGUUUUUUUGUGCAAUGUCGGGCUUUGUUUUUUUUUUUUGUGCUUGUUUUAUUGGAUGUAACUUGCGUUUCCAUACUCACUUACCUCUUAUCCUUUUGAGCUACUUAGGUCCUUUUAUUUAUUUAUCUUCACCUUUUAAUCUAAGUAGGACAGCAAGAAUAAGUGAGGAAAUAAUACCUAGGACCAGUUUGUAUAUUGUGUACAAUAAAAAGCAUAACAUGAAAUUCGCAUCAUGUUAUUUCAUUCUUUUGAUUUUUGAUUUUUCUUUUUUUUUUUCUGUGUCCCAUGCAAGUUCUUCUGUGAAUUUGUGUUAAUCAGGUUUUUACAUAAUUUAUAAAAAAAACAAAACAAAAAACAGAAAAAUGUCGGUUCAACUUUGAUUCAGAUGUAGAAUUGUAAAGAAAAAUUCUGACGCUCUGUACUCCAAAUGCAACUGUUUUAAAAAUGGCCUUUGGAGAUUUUAUCUGCUGUACUCAAUGAGUGUAUGUUUUGUUUUUUAAGAAAAAAAAAAAAAAACUCAAUAAAUAAUAGUUUUCUUAGUGUCACUUUAA